AUGGCUCCACGAACAAUCGCCCUCACAGCUGCAAUGCUCGGCGUUGCCAUCGCAAGCCCCGUCACAUCUCCUUACACCUUCGUGGAGAGGAGGCAGGGCACCAGCUGCGGUGGAACCGAUGCCAACGGCCAAAUCUUCGUCGCCGAUGUUGGCUUCUACUCCGAAAUGAACUGCAACGACGAAACCGGUGGCGUGUGCAUCUACACUGGUCAAGAGACCAUCGAUGCCGGCGCAGGCAACUACGGCUGCAACCCCGGUCUCCUCCCCGAGGACGCCCCAUUCUUCCUGAAGGUGGUCGAUUCGCCUUUCAGCGCCCUGCAAUUGCUCUUCACCCGCGACCAGAGCUGCCCACCAAGUGGUCCAGGAGCUGUGUACGCCACGCUCGUGGACAAUGCGUCGUGUGUCCAGUCGAACCUCGGUGGAGAUGCACCAGGCAUUUCUGUCUUCCCCAAUGGCGGGUCUGGUCUCACCAGACUGUCGACCCCAGCUCGGGAGUUCCCCAUGACCGGCGUCACCAGGAACACCGCCGCAAAUGUCGAGCGUCAGGCUUUGGCUGCCAUGAAGCGCCAGUCCAACACUGAGUGCGACGGCUUCGUCACCGACAGCCAGCAGCCAAGCCAGUCUAGGACUGUGCAGGUUUCCAACAUCAUUGACUGCACCAACGGUGGCGAGCAAGGAUGUAUCAUCUCUGUCGAGGAGCAGGAGAGCAAAUCCAUCAGCACCUCAUACUCUUUGACCGCUGGAGGCGGUAUCGAGGGCAUCUUCUCUGUUGAGGCCACCUUCGGCAUGGAGUUCACCCAAGAGGUCUCCACUUCCGUGCAGAACGGCUUCAACGUGGAUGCCGGCCAGAGAGGUUACAUCGGGGCCUACAACGGCGCCACUCUCUUCACUGGUCGCUACACUGGCUGCAACUCUGGUGACGCCGAGCAGCCAGGAUCCGUCCUUGCUCUCAAGGACAACCAGAUCUUCUACUCCAUCAUUCUCACUGGAGCCUCCAAGAACUAG